AUGGCACCCAAUCGCAUCGAACAAGAGGAAAUCGAAAAAUACUGGGAAAUCUUCAGCUCCCUCAGUCAAGGCGGAACACAUCUCAACGGGGCGCAAGCCGCGCCCGUACUCAAGAACUCGCAUCUACGCGACGACCAACUGGAGCGGGUCUGGGAUCUUGCCGACGUGGACAACGAUGGCAAUCUCGACUUUGAGGAGUUUUGCGUGGCCAUGCGGCUCAUCUUCGACUUGAUCAAUGGCAUCAGCAGCGACGUGCCCAAGACGCUGCCCGACUGGCUGGUCCCGGAGAGCAAGGCGCAUCUGGUGCAGGCGACGCGUGCCCUGACAGGCAGUGCCGCCGCGUUUGAAACCGUCGGGGACGAGGACGAGGACGAGAGCGUGGGACUCCGAGACGGGUUCGACUGGUACAUGUCGCCGGGCGACAAGGCCAAGUACGAGGAAAUCUACACUGCGAACCGCGACAGCCACGGCCACCUGACGUUUGAGUCGCUCGUCUCGGCGAAAUUGCGACUCGCUCGACAAUGUGCCAGACUCGGAUAUCCGGUUCGCGUGGAACCUCGUGAACCCAAAGGCACGCGAGAGCGUCGGCAAAGACGCCGCCCUCGCCUUCCUCCACAUCCUCAACCAACGCAGCGAAGGCUACCGCGUACCGCGCUCCGUGCCCCCAAGCCUCCGAGCCAGCUUCGAAAAAGCACACAUCGACUACGACAUUGA